AUGGGCAUUCUGCUAUGGACAGAGAAGCACGAUAUCCUUCCAGGAUGGGAACUGUGUCGUGCACAUAGAAUGGCGAUGUCCUGCAACAUGGGAGCUGGACAUAGAGUGGACAUAGAAGCACGAUAUCCUUGUAACAUGGAAACUCUGUCGCGGACAUACAAUGACGAAGACCUGGCAACAUGGGUACUCUAUCGUGCACAUAGAAGAGCGAUGUCCUCCCACGAUGGGAGCUCUUUCGUGGACAGAGAAGCACGAUGUCCUGGCAAAAUGGUCAUUCUGUCAUGGACAUACAAUGACGAUGUCCUGGCUAUAGAGAAUUCUCUAUUUGCAUAA